AUGUCACUUGCAGCUGUAGAACCCACAUUAGCUACUGGAACAGUAGCUGCAAAUUUGAAGAGAGAUAUUUCUGAAGUUGAACAAGAACAGAUACUAGAUCAACAACAGAAUGAACAAACAUCAACCAAAGUGGAUGAGGAUAUCACUCCAACCACCAAAAAAGUAAAAUUAAAUACAUCCAACUGGACACCACCGUCUAUCACCAGUAUAUCCAAUUUUGAAGAGUUCAAAACAUCAACCUAUAUAUCACAAAUUCCUCAUGAAAUAUCCCAAUCACCAACAAAACCAGUUGUUAUUGGUAUUGAUGAAGCAGGUAGAGGACCAGUACUAGGUCCCAUGGUAUAUGGUUUAGCAUAUUCCCUUAAAGAGUUCCUGGGUAAAUUGCAAAAGACGUAUGGAUUUGCUGACUCAAAACAAUUGACUGAUGAUAAACGACAACAAUUAUUUCAAAUGAUUGAAGAUGUUGAACAACAUGAAUUAAAUAAACAUAUUGGAUGGGCUACUACAACAAUGACAGCUAAGGAUAUAUCACUGGGGAUGUUACGUUCAGUUCAUGGAAUUGGAGCAUAUAACUUAAAUGAACAAGCACAUGAUGCUACUAUCAAUUUAAUUAAACUGGUUAUUGAACAAGGUGUCAAUGUAACUGAAAUUUAUGUUGAUACAGUAGGACCACCAAUUUCAUAUCAAGCUAAACUAAAGAAACAUUUCCCUACAAUCGAUAUCACAGUAGCUAAGAAAGCAGAUAGUAUAUAUCCCAUAGUAUCAACAGCAUCGGUCGUGGCCAAAGUGACGAGAGAUUUGAACAUCCGUCAUUAUAAUACUCAUUUACCACUAUUGCAAGAUCAUAAGUUAGGUUCAGGAUAUCCCAGUGACCCAAAUACUAGUUAUUGGUUAAAUCAUAAUGUUGAUCCUGUAUUUGGGUGGUGUUUUGGAUUUAUACGAUUUUCAUGGCAAACAGCCAAAGAUGCAUUGAUUAGACAUGGAGCUGUUGACGUAAUAUAUCAGGAUGACUGUGUUAAGGAGAAAGGAUAUAAAGAUGUUUCGGAGAUGUUUAUUGAUGUGAAUAAGAGUAGUGGCGGAAGAAUUAAUAAGAGUCAGUUCAAUAGUGAUGAUGUUAAUUUGCUUUAG